AUGGUAUGUAUGCCUCCGGGUUCUGUGGUUUACAUGAACGAAAAAUCCGCUUAUAUUAAUACGGAUUUGAUAUUUACCUGGUUAAAAGAAUAUUUUGUUCCACGUAAACCAGACGGAAAAAUUCUACUUUUACUGGAUGGUCAUGCCAGUCAUUGUAAUUCGGUAGAAAUGCUGGAAUAUCCCGAUGAACAUAAUGUUAUUCUGUUUUGUCUACCUGGUCAUACUACUCAGUUCCUUCAACACUUGGACAGGUGUUUCUUUAAAAGCCUGAAAGCCUUUUGGAAUAAAGCUUGCAAUACAUUUGUAAAAGCAAAUCCUGGUAGGAAAAUUUCUCGUAUGCAAUUUGGUCAAUUGUUGUCGGAGGCGUGGUCCAAAGCAGCAACUGUUGAUAACGCUGUGUCGGCUUUUAAAUCUACAGGAAUCUGCCCAUUUAAUCCUGGUGCUAUACCAGAGUAUGCCUACUUGGAUUCUGAAGAUGAAAAAUUAGAUCCCAAUACUUCUGCAGUUUACGCUACUGAAUCUAAUAAUACCACUUAA